AUGAAUGGAUCAGAAUCAAGAGGGGAGCCGGUUUCUGCGAGGAGUGUGGAUGGGAAGGAGCAGGAGAAGUGGGGCCGUGAGCAGGACAGAGAAGAACCCGAGGAGGAGAGCGCGGAGGGGAGUGGGGAGGAAAAUGAUGGAGGGAAGGAUGGAAGGGAGGAUGAGGAUCAUUAUUCACGUGGAUUCUUCAAGAAUCUAGAUUCGUUAAGAAGUAUUCGCAACGGAACGGCAUGGGCAUGUGCUGUUGCGGAAGCAGCUUAUCCUUCUCUUUCCAGCUGUGAAAUCACGGCUCCUAGCACCCAGCUUGCUGCACCUGUAGAUCGAGAGAUCGCACGCGAAAGGCGCUUGCUGCAAGAGAAGGGACUGGAGAUGAGGGGAGCAGGAUAUUUGGCAGCUUUGCUUGGGGGGGAUGCCCCGACUGCCUCAGAUAUUUCAAAUGGAGAGUAUUUUCCGCUUGGUGAUUCUCUUGAAGAGACACGGAUCGUGGGAGGAGCAAGCAAUCAGGCACCGCUGAUUAGGAAUACCCCUAAUGACCUGGUGAUGGCAUGUGAAGAGGCACGGGUUGCGGCAGGAGCAAGAAAGAUGGCUGUGCUGACUGGGGAGUCCUCUAAUGCUCCAGAGAUCAGAGCCGAGCCUUUGCUUCGUGGGAAUACUCUGGAAGAGGCACGGGUCACUGCAGGAGUAAGCGAUCUGGUGGUGCUGAUUGGGGAUGAACUCGAAGGGGCAAUGGUCCAGGGAGGAGCGGAUGAUCGGGCAGGGCUAAUCGGAGAUGAGUUUGGUUUUCCAAAUGACUUCCCGAAUGGCUUCCCGAAUGGCUUCCCAAAUGGUCACACAGAGAAGAUGCCGCUACGCUCACGUGGCUUUGGAUGUGCAGGGAACAGGAAGCUGGCAGGGCAGUCUGGAGAGACAUGGGAGGAAGGGGGGCGUAGGGAGAAGGCGUGGAAGGAAGGAGAGGAAGUGAUGCAAGGGGAUGCAGAGGAGUGGGAUGUGGUUCCGAGCUACAUCCAGAAGGUUGUUGCUGCUGCAUCUUGUGAGUCAGGCAAUGCUGAGAUGGACACUUGGCUACUGGAGGACAUAAUGCCGCUUGAUGGAUGA